UACAGGAACGGAAAGGGUUGUCUUCUGGUAAGCUUGAUCAUUUAAUUAAAUAUAUAGAACAUUGCUGCAAAGCUUAUGCAAAGACCCAGAGAUGGUUCCAACAGAUAUUAAGGCAGAAGAUGAAGAAACCGUUCAUACAAGUAUAAGAGCUGCAAUCUAUUCUGGUUACACACACAUAGACACAGGUUUCCAGUAUCAACAAAAAAAAUUCAUUGGCGAUGCAAUAAGUGCCCUUCUUAAAGAAGGAGAGAUCGGAAGAUUUGAAUUAUUUAUUACCACAAUGCUACCUGCCAAUGGCAUGCAACCGGACUGCGUAGAAUAUUUCAUGAAAAAAUCUCUCGCUGCUUUGCAGACGAAUUAUGUUGAUCUCUACCUAGUGCAUACACCGAUAUCAUCCAUGCGGUCUAAAGAUGACGACGAAUAUUUUGUAGUCAAAGACGAUGUGUUUCAAGCUGACAAUAAUGUUGAUCUAGUUGAAAACUGGAAAGCCAUGGAGAAGUUAGUAGACAAAGGCUUAACUAGAGCAAUAGGUCUGUCAAACUACAACAGUGAACAAGUAAAACUUAUUUAUGAUGCAGCAAGAAUAAAGCCAGCAAUGCUGCAGGUAGAGUGUCAUGCAUAUCUACCUCAGUUCGAAUUAUUUGACUUCUGCGAAAAAUUAGGCAUCGCUAUGACUGCUUUUGCUCCACUUGGAACGUCAGGAUUCGCAGAAUUUGCCAAGAAAAAUCCUGGACUCGACUGUCCUCAUCCUUGUUUGGUGGAAGAUGAGCGAUUGAAGCCGAUCGCAGAAAAAUACGGAAAAACUCCUUCUCAGGUUUUAUUGCAGUACCUAGUGAAAAGAGGUAUAGUUGUGAUCCCGACACCGAAAGAAAACUGUCCUCAUGAAAUUCAAGAUAAUAUUCAGAUCUUUGAUUUUUCACUAACUAAAGAAGAAUACUUUGAAAUAAAAGCAAUGGGAGAUGAAAAAAGAAGAUAUAUGAAAUUCGAUCACAUCAAAGGCAUGACAGAUCUUCAUACUUUUAACAUACUUUUGGACUAAUUUUGUUAAACCGAUCAAAAGAAUACAAUAUUUAAUUGUAAAUUAAAGUUUAAGAAAGUAAUAAAGAUAUUUUAAUCGAAUUGGUUAUCAAACCUGUCAUCAUUUUACAUGACUAUAAAGUUACAAAUAGGAUUCUAAUCGCAAAAUAAACGGCCGUCAUAAGAUUAUUUUUCAUAAAACAAAAAGGAGAUUUAAAUGGUCUUAACAAGUUUCAGUUCCAAAUAGGUAAUUAAGGUGACGGCUUUAUAAAUAUUAAUAUGUUUAGAAUUUGCUUAUUUAUAUUUAUUGAUAAAUAAAUUAUGAUUUUUUUAAUUUGUUAUGUAUUUUAU